CUGAUGAGUGUCACGUGAUUUCUACAAAAAGAUCUCUGAGUUUCUAGAAGAUUUUGUUUUAGAAAUUCAAUCAACAACAAUUUGUCUUAAUUUCUUUCUUUUUUUAAUUGUUCUUGUUAACUUUUGAUUCUAUUCUAAUGUUCAUCAGUGGUAUUUAAUUGAUUCUCUGUUGAACGAUUUUGAGAUUGUUCUCCAAAUCGGUUUUCUUUUUAUUCUCUUUUAAUUUGUUUGUGUCUACCAACGAGAAGAUUUUUGGUGUUUUCUUUCUGUAAUAAGAAACAAUUGGAAUAAUUUUCUUCUCUUUUUCUCUCAUCAUGGUUAAAUUAAGUGAAUUAUCUGAUAAACAAUUGGAUCCCAGAGAAUGUCAAUAUCGUUUAAAUGGUAAAAUUCGUAAAAUUAUAUCAAAAUGUUUGGAUAAACAGGAUGAUCACGAUGAUUCUUUGGAUAAAUUGAAAACAAUUAUGGACCAAGAGGAAGGAAAUAAGCAAAUGGUUUCUUAUGAUGAUCUUACCGAGAUACAUAAAUGUUUACAACAUUUAGAUUCAACAUAUCAACUGUUUUUCUAUCAACUAUUGGAGGAAACAAAUACAAUCAUCCCAAAGAACAAUAAAGCACCAGAAUUAAAGGCUCGAUUGGCUCGAUUAAAGUGUGAAGCCGCAGCUAAAGAGUAUAAAGCGAUGACCGAUGGUAUUAACCUGGUACCUUCAAAUUCAAAGCAAAAUCAGGCCUCAGCUAAUUCAAUCAACGAAGUGAGACAAAUUAAAACUCUAAUCACCGCCUUAAUCAAUGGAGUUAUGGUCGUUUUUUGUUCAUUCUUUUUCGUUUACAAAGCGGUUGAAUAUUCACUUCCACAGCCUAACAUCAAUACCCAAAUUCUGGUCGCUAUUAUUGUAAUCGUUGAUCUUUAUUGCAUAGCCCAACUUCAAUACCUUAAGAUAUCUCUUGUUCCGCUAAUGAUUAUCUUUUUUUACAUGAAUAAGUUAAUGUUUUUAUCAAACAGGUGCUGAUAUUCAUUGACAAAG